UCCAAUUCCCCGCUUCCCGUAUUUCUCAUCAAAGCCUGCCUCCUCAGCAAAGCCCACUCGGUCUCAAAGGUGGUCGAUUGAUCACCAUGGCGCUCGAUCUGGGGACUAUACUCACCGCCAUCGAGGUGGUGCAGCGAGCGAUUGCCAUCUACCACCGCGUCGAUGAACUGCCGAGCCAAAUGAAACAUCUCGGCCAGCGCAUGGAGAGGAUGAAUCUGUUCCUGGUCCGCUUCGAGGCUUUUGUCACGAACAAGCCCGACACGGCCUACGCAGCCCUCUUUUCAGGCCAGAAAGACGAGCUCGCCGGAGUGCUCGAGAGCAUCAACGGCCACGCGGCCACGGCGCACGACCUGUUUGACCGCUACGAGAAGGGCAUCCUGUCCCGCACCCACGACCUGCAGUUCCGCAUCAAGUGGGCCACGCAGCUCUGGUUCGCCCUCGUCGACAGCACCCCGGAAAAGAUCCAGGCUGUCAUGGACGAUAUUGAAUUCGACAGGGUCCUGCUCAGCGACUACCUGAGCCUCAUGAACGCCCAGGGCGUGGAAAUUCUCGUCAACAACGCCAAGCCGCAGCCCCAAACCGGUGACGAUGCGGGCGCCGACAAGGAUAAGACUAAAAACAACAAGGAGAAAAAACACGACAGCAAAAAGGGCAAGAAGGGCGCCAAUGCAAGCAAGGACAAUGAAAAACAGCCGACAAGCCCCCUGGCAGUGGCGUCCAAACGGCCGCCGCCGUCACCGUCACCAUCGCCGUCGCCCAUGCCGCCGCGUAGAGACUACAAGAUUCUCUUUGUAGACCCGUACAACUUGGGCCGCAGUGUCGUCGCCGAAGCCCUGAUGAAGCUCCUCGGGCAGCUGACGCUCAGAGCCAACGGCAGCUGGCGCAUCUCGGAGAUCCACUCGGCCGGCUUCUUCACCAAGAACCAGAGCAACUGCGUCGACGUCAUCGAGGGUCUCGACUACAGCUACGAGUCGUUCAACCUCGGGGUGCGCGAGAGGAACGAGGCGCCCGAGGCGGCAGCGCUGGCGGCUGUGUUCGACAACAACAUGUACGAGUAUCCGUUCAAGAAGACGAUCCGCGACGCGCUGGCCGGCCGGUCGGCGCACGGCCUGCGGCAGGACAUGUUCAGGCACUACGACUUCAUCAUCGUCUUCACCAGCCGCGAGCACGACAACGUCAUCAAGCUCAAGGAGGCUCUGCACCGGAGCGGCGGCGCGAACCUCGGCCAGCUCCCGCGCGGCAAGGGGCGCGUGCUGCACCUAGGUGCUUUUGUAGCCCGCGACGGUGGCCGCCCCCGCGAGAUUACGACGCCGCCAAAGAAUCCCGACAGCGCUGCGUUCCGGCACGACUGGAAUGUCAAAGUGGCCCAGAUCAAGACGGCCAUCAAGAGAUUUCUGAAGCAAGAGAUGGCAUGGCAGCGGCCCGAGAAGAAGGCACUGUAACUGGCGGCAGGCCCGGUGAACACGGCCCCGGGUGUUGGGUAGUUGGGGGGGCAGGCGAAUCCAUCGAUCUAGUCACAUUGUCUUGGAGAGUUGUGUCAAGACUGGCGAAGACGGGGUUGAAAUAAAUAUAAAAAGAAAUAAAACACAAAGAUACGUACGGAACUUGAAGAACUCAAGGUUGGAGGGUUAGGGUUAGGCGACUUGGUUGCAACUCAACCUUGGCAAAGGGAAGGGCAGCGAAACGGGGCGGAUCCGGAUCCCGAUUCAGGACCAGAUCCGCAAGCUGACGUUGUGUAUUACAUCAUAGGCGUGUGGAAUAGCUCCGGCGCAAAAUCUAGAAAUGAGAGCACACAACAGAUGCAAAACACCAAAAGCACAUGGGACACGAUACAGACGAGAUCCUAUCCUCUUUUUUUUUUUCCUUUUCCUUUUUUUUUUCCUUUUCCUUUUUUUUUUU